AUUUUGGAUUGGCGGGUUGUGACAGGAAUCAUUAGGAAUGAUACAUAUAGUUCUGUGGGACGCAGUUGUCUGUAUAGUGUGUUACGUCUUAUGUCAAAGCGCGCAACAGGAUUAUAGAAAUAGUAUACGAAAUCUCUCGUGUAUAGAGAGCAACAUCACUUGAAAACAGUGAAAGAAAAUUUUUAAUUUACAGAAAAAUGGCAUGGCCUGUUGAUUCAGAUGACUCACCAGAGUCUGCAGAAGGAAAUGUUACUAGCAGCACAGGUCACUUAAAUGAACUACCAUAUGGCUCACAAAAUUAUGCACGAGGCGCUGUAGGCUUUGUACCCUCAAAUGAAAGAAGACUAAGCCAGCUUGAUAUGGGGGACCUGAGGAUUUCAAAUCCAUAUAUCAACAGGAUAAGGAAUGGUCGUAGGCAUUCAAUAAGUGACUGUAAUCCAAGUAAUGCUCAACAAUCUGGAAGUAACAAUAACAUUGCUCAAAGGCAUUCUGUGCCAUGCUGUCACAUUAAUCCUAAUGUGAGGCAUAGUUGUUGCUUCCAUAUUAAUAGACGCCUUUCGCUGCAAAGUUUGAAUAUAAACAGAAGAAAUUCGUUUCCUCAGAACUAUAUUCGUGACUAUCAUAACCCAGAGAGCAGCACAUUUGGUUACACCAAUGCUCGUCCAAGCUUAAGUGUUAGCCAUUUGUUUCUGUUUUGGAAUGAAAAUUUCCAGGCAGAUCGGUACUUGCAACAAGCUGUGUCUGCUGCGGGACCUGAAUUUUUCAUGAGAUUUUUGGCAUCUGAGAUGGAUCGCCAAGGCAUGCAAUUUCCUGAUGACAUGUACAGGGACAUAGACCAAAGUGGUGACAUGCCGCCAUCACUCACAUACUUAAUUGAAAGGUUUUCAUCAUCGCUGGAACGAGACAUGAUUUCGUAUCUAGCGCUGAGGGUUCAGUUUCCUCUUGAUUGGAGGUCUUUUUUCGCCAUUGUUGAUGGCAUGAAUAAAGGAACUAUGGGUAUUGAAAGAAUAGUGACAUUGUUCUUUUUUUGUGCUGAUUUGGCUGUAAGAGCUCUCUAUGAGGGCAAUGUUGCUCUCUUUCAUGAAAUAGUGUCGUGGACCAUAUUUUAUUUGCGAAGGAGUAAUUCUCUGGUUGCGGUUUCUUCGAAAAGAUCAUCGUACAUCAUUACUUUAACAACAUGCGUUGUUGGUAUAGUAACUCUCAUGUUCUUAAUGAAAAGGAUUUAAUUGUGAAAAAUGGAAUUAUGCAACUUAUUUGUAUGUUGAUAUUUUUGUUAAUAUUCUCAAAGAAGUAAAUCUGUUAAAGGAAUUGUUAAUUAUACAAACACUUUAUCACAUGUGUUCCGAAAUAAGUUAGUAUGUGAAUAUAGAUCUAAAUUCUGUUCGUAAGGAAUAUACAUAUUAUGUAUGUAGGUAUUAUUCUUUCUUGUGUUUUAAGGCUAUUUAUUUGUUACAUGUUUUCAUUAAUUUUCUCCAUUUGUAGUAACACUUUUUAAAAAUUUAUUUAAAAAUAAAUAUUAUUGAGACUUUCGACAUUCAUAG